AUGAUUGGUGGAAAUUAUUUAGCUGCGGCUGCUAACUGGCACUUAAUUCUAGUAUGCUACAAAAUUGGUCCAAUUAUUGACUAUAGAGAAUUUAAAAACAAAAAAUAUGUUCGUGAAGGCACAACGGGCGAAAUUUACAAAGUUGAACGGAUCACGAAUGAAAAAACAAAACGAAAGCCAUCGGUUUUUGCAUUAAAAGGAUUUAAGGGUGAUCCCGAAGAAUUUGUUGAAUUAAAUGUUUAA